AUGUUAAUAGUUCAAAGAAAGUCAACAAAGAAUUCCAUUAUUAGAAGUGGGAGUUUAAACAGAUUAAGAAAACAAAGAAUUAGAAGGAGAACCGAGGCCAGCUUGCACAGGACCUGGUCACGCAACCAGUCGACGACACCUCCGCACAGCCGUGAACCACCCUCCAUAUCGUACGCCGCGACCAUCACCGUCGCCAUCAAGAUCGCAACUCCGACAUCCACCCAAAUCGCGACCGUGCGCCACUGUGAAGCUCCAUCCGCGUCAUUCUCACUACCGCAUAUGUCUCAGCCAAAUUCAUUCACCGACGCAAAGCCCUCCUUUACACAGAAGCAUCAAUGGCUAUCCGAUAUCGCAGAUGUCAACCUAUCACCAGAACCAAUUGCCUCAAUCCCAUAA